CUUCGUGCUAACUCAACUGUCACUUGAAAACUUGCACCAGUCAACAACAACUAACAAGGUUUGAUCGUUGCAAAAACCUUAUAGCGAUGUGAUCUACAGUGUAAACUCCUCUAUUUUCUUCUCUCGACUUUUGUAGUGUAAAUUCCUCUCUUUUCUUCUCUAGACUUUUGUUUUUUUAAAGCUAGGAAGAAAGAUAUUGCAGGAAAGUAAGCAGGUAACGUUAGCUAGCUAGCUAAACAAGCUGACAGUAGCUACAGUAGUGUAGCUAGCUAGCUAACGUUAAUCUCAUUGUUUACUAAUAGAAACAGUGUCAGUUAACGUAGUCUAUUAGCCACUACUCAUGUUAACAGAUUAGCUAACGUUACUGUACUACUGUAACAGCUAGCCUGUCAGUCAUGGAUAAACUAAUUUGUCAACAACAACAAUAAGGUGGGUUACCGCUUAUCCAACAAUUUGUUUUUUUAAAUCAACUAUGGUUUGGUUAACCAACUAGACAGUGAACCACUGUGUGCUGCAACCUUAGUUUUACUAUUUAAAAAGCUAUGUAGUUAGGGAAAUAGCUAGAUAGCUAGAGAAAUCAGCAAUGGUGUCAGUGGCAGUUGCUCAAGGGCCAUCAUCACUAAUUGGGAAGUGGACUGGCAUGCUUCAUCUUCUUCAGCCAUGCAUUGUCUGCCAAAAUCACUGAAAGAGAUGAUUUCUGCCUGCCUGAUGUCACUUUUAGCUCUGAAUGCAGCCUAAUUGAUGUAGUGGUCAAAAGUAGGCUUUAACAAUUCUGCACCAGCUGCUAGCUUGUUAAUCAUAGUUCUUGCUGUAAUUUAUGCAAUGUUGAUUAUUGUAGCCAUGAUGGGGUUUCCCUGCAUUCAGCUCCAGUUACUCAUAAAUGUAGUAAAUGGCCAUCUUACAAAGCUCUUGAGCUGAUUUUCUUUAGAGAUACAAACCCCAGAGAGAGAGAGAGAGCAAGUAAAGAGCCUAAGAAGGUUGAGGUGUAAUUAAUUUGUAUUUCAGACAGACAUAGGCUGAGCUGUGUUUCCUCACGUCUCCCAAUUCACCCCACAGCUCCAUCAGGCCAGGGCGACAGCACAGUGCAGGGGAGGAUCAGAGGGUCCGGGAAGGAACAAAGAAAAACUGAAGAGGAAAAGAAGGAGUGAGUGGGCAGAUGAGGGAUUGAAGCAGCACAGCACACCUGGAGCGGGACUGAAAGGGAGAAGAAGAUUACUAGUAACAAACGACAGAGGAGCUCAAAAGGAAUCCAAACAGCUCUGAGACAGUGUAAGGCCCAGUAUGGAGGAUUUCAGACGGACCUACCUGCGUCUGUGUAAGGAGGGGGGCGUGGAGCCCCAGGAGUCAGUACUAGCUCAGCUCCAGGAGACCAGGGGAGCCGCAGCAGGAUCCAGGCUGGACCUGCGGGGACACAGCCUGUCUGUAGACACCUGUGCCGUGCUGGGGAGGGUCUUCCACAAAGACACACUCUUCACCGAGCUGGCCCUCAGUGACUGCAUGCUCACCGAGGAAGGUAUGUGUUUGUUGGAGGUAAUCUUUCUGUAUUUUUGUUACUGUGCUGACUGUGUGAUACUGUAUAUAUUGGAGCCAUGAAUGUACUAUGAAUCCUGUAGGGCUUUUGCUACUGCUGUACAGAGAUGAUAUAGCUAUAACUGUUUGCUUUGUUGCUGCUGUUUAGUUACAUUGUUAUAAUGCUUAGAUCACUAUUUUAUAGCAACUCUUUUAUAGCAACUCUUUGAUAACACAUGCUCCUGACUGCCACUUGUCUUUGUCAUGUCCAGGUGCCAAGCUGCUACUGAAUGGGCUGUGUGCCAACACUACUGUUAAAGUCCUGGAUCUGAAGGUAAGGACUAUCAGAGGCCUCUACACACUGCAGACCACUUGACCAGUCUGAGUUGGGGUGGCCAGCCUGACUUGACACAUUUAAAUUUGAUGUCGAUCAUAUGUUUUGUAUUUGUUCUCAGGGAAAUAACUUGAGAUCAACAGGAGCUGAGGCUUUAGGGAAGCUGUUGGUGAGAAACAAGACACUGUGCAGGUGAGUUGGUCAGUGAGCUAGUAGCAAGCUAGAUCAUUCAAUGAAAACUUUUAGGGUGAAAUGUCUAUGAAAUGUAGUUAAGCAUUCAGGUAUGUUAAGAUUAUUUAAAUUAUAAUCCCUAUAUUUUCUUCUGUGAGCAGCAUGAGUUGUGCAUACACAACGAUACUGCAUUGCAAAGGGAACCAUAACCCAAGUUAAUGUUGUUGUGUUGGACACAGGCUGGUGUUGGAGUGGAAUGCGUUGGGGAUGUGGGACGAGGCGUUCUCAGUGUUCUGUGAGGGUUUGGCCUCCAACGCCUGUCUAACCCAGCUGGACCUGCGGAACAACCAGAUCAACCACCAGGGGGCCUCAGAACUCUGCCUGGCCCUCAAGCGGAACAGCACCCUGCAGCAAUUGGGUCAGUGGGUUUGCAUGUUUAGGGUGAAGUUACCUUUAGAUGCUGAUCUUGGGUCAGUUUUGCAUUUCCCCCACAAAUGGUUACGUUUAGGAUUGGGGGAGGGAAGCUGAUCCUAGAUCUGUACCUAGGGAAAACUUCACAAAGGAGCGCCUCGCAUGGGAAAUGACUCAAUACAGCCAAGAUCACUAGAUUCAAGAUUCAACUAGAGUAGUAGGGAUGUGCAUCUUUCCUUUUCAAGACUAUUCAUUAUGUAUCUAUAUACAUGGGCACCGAUACAGGAACGAUACGUUUUAGUUUGAAGCGAUGCAAUUUGAUUAGAGGAACGAAUCGAUGCGAUUCGGUUCAAUGGGAUACGAUUCGAUGUACUAACAUUUGCAUAAACACAUUCAUUUUCCAUUCUACAUUAAAAUCAGCUGCUGAUGGAGCUCAUAAGCUGAGCCUCUGAGCUGGAUCUGCCUUAGCUGGCUUCUGUGUGUGUGUGUAAAUGAUGUACUGUAUAUGUCUAUGGUGUAUGUAGGAAACAGAACUGAGCCGUAAGGGAAACUGGGCAUCAAACCCCCCCCCCCCCCCACACACACACACACACACACACACACACACACACACACACACACAUCAUUGCAGUUCUUGACACAAACCAGUGCGCCUGGCAUCUACUACCAUACCCCGUUCAAAGGCACUUAAAUGUUUUGUCUUGCCCGUUCACUGUCUGAAUGACACACAUACACAAUCCAUAUCUCAAUUGUCUAAAGGCUUAAAAAUCCUUCUUUAACCUGUCUCCUCCCCUUCAUCUACACAUUUAUGUGGAUUUAGCAAGUGACAUCAAUAAGGGAUCAUAGCUUUCACCUGGAUUCACCUGGUCAGUCUAUGUCAUGGAAAGAGCAGGUGUUCUUAAUGUUUUGUAUACUCAGAUCUGUCAUUCUCGUUGAAAGCAAGUCUAAGAAGCCGUAGAUCGGUUGUAUGUGCACUAUUUCUAUGCUUCCCGUUCUUAAGUUUCAUUUUUGCGUCUUUUGGUUUUGUACACCAGCUGAAAAUACAAUAUUUUUGGUUAUGGAAACACAGCGGUUUAUAUGGUCAAUGAUUCUCUACACAAUGACUGCUUGUUUUGUCACAUCAACUGAAAUGAGCGCGUAGUUUGACUCGGCUACUGAUAUAGCCUGGGGUUGUUCGGCAUGCAAAAUGACUUGUAGAUCAAAGACUGUUAACAAAGACAUGCUUAGUUCGACACUGAAAAAGAGGAUGCAGUUGUCAUAAAAGAUUAAAGGCAUUUUCGGAAGGUAGAAAGAAAGUAAUUAGAGCAAAGAAAAUGAGUGAACUGGCGAUUCGUAAUGUUUGAAUCGAUUUCCUGACCGAUGCAUGCUACAUUUCGAUCAGUUUGGGGUCCAGCGGACCGAUGCACUCAUCUUAAACGUUUAAACCGGGACGGAUGGUAUUGUGAAUCGUUACAUCCCUGUAGAGUAGACCAAAGCCUUGUCUGAGAACAACCCAGAAGCUCUUCUCCUAGCCCCUACACCUUCGGUGUCACUGUCUUCACAACUGAAAGAACCAGAUAGGUUUAAGCAAUAUGCUCCCCAGAGCCCAUGAGAAAGCAAGGUCAUCACCAUAUUACUUACACCGAUCCAAUACCUUCAGAACCAAAAAUAUCACAUCUUUGGGGCUAGGAUACAGGCUGGAGCUAGAUUUUUUGGGGGGACUGUGUCCAUGAAUAAUGUACCAUUUGAAGCCUAGACAGCAAAGGUGUCAUGGUUCUCUCUCUGGUCUGGUGUCUGUGUUGAGGUUGUAUAGAUGUGAGGUGGAACAACAUUGGUCUGCUGGGUGGCCGGUCCUUCCUAGAGGCUCUACAGCAGAACAGGACCCUGACACACCUGGAGAUGGCUGGAAACAACAUCCCCAGCGACACACUAAAAGCCCUCGGUAAGCUGUGUGUGUGUGUGUGUGUGUGUGUGUGUGUGUGUGUGUUUGUCUGUCUCAGUGUCAGUCAGUCUGUCUAAGCUUGUGUGCUGCUGAACGUCUGUUAUUGUAAUGUUUUUGAUUAAAGUAACCACCUCCCACCUAUGGUCUCCCCCCUCCAGAGCAGGCAAUGGAUCAUAACUCGGACAGGCAGUCCACUAUGAGAGAGAGCCGCAGCAGAACCCAAGUCCUCAGCAAGGAGAUCCAGAUCCUCAAGGAGGAGAAGGGACGGCAGGUAUGGGGGCUGCUGGGAAAUGGAGUUCUCCUCCUAGUAGAAAAAGAAGGGGAGGGACAAGUGAAUAGACAAGACAAGGGAAUAGCACUGCACAUAAUAUACUGUAUCUUGGUUUAUUAUUUACUUUUUUAUGUUUAGAAAUGUGUGUGCAGAUGAACAAGAAGCCCUGUAUGUAAGCUAUUUAUGUUGCCUUUCCCUUCUCUCGCCCUUUAGUUCCUGAAUCUGAUGGAGACCAUAGAUAAACAGAGAGACGAGAUGGGCCGAAGCACCAGGUCAGCGUGAGUGGUACAAUAUAAGAAUCUGGAUGACAGAAGACUAGCCUUGACUGUUUCUGCAUCAACAAUAAUAACAAAACAAUAGCAACAUUAUUGUGUUGCCAACAGGACUUGUCUGGCUAGACAAUGACAACUUGGCUUAAAAGCAGAAACAGAUUGGCACCCAGGCUAACAUAAGUCAUGUAGCUACAGUGCAUUCGGAAAGUAUUUAGAUGCUUAACAUUUUUCCACAUUUUGUUACGUUACAUCCUUAUUCUAAAAUUGAUUAAAUUAUACAUGUUUCUCAUCAAUCUACACACAAUACCGCAUAAUGACGAAGCAAAAACAUUUUUGAAAAUGUAUAAAAAAAUUAAACUUAAAUAUUACGUUUACAUAAGUAUUCAGACACUUUAUUCAGUACUUUGUUGAAGCACCUUUGGCAGCGAUUACAGCCUUGGGUCUUCUUAGGUAUGACGCUACAAGCUUGGCAUACCUGUAUUUGGUCAGUUUCUCCCAUUCUUCUUUGCAAAUCCUCUCAAGCUCUGUCAGGUUGGAUGGGGAGCGUCGCUGCACAGCUAUUUUCAGGUCUCUCUAGAGAUGUUCGAUCGGGUUCAAGUCCGGGCUCUGGCUGGGCCACUCAAGGACAUUCAGAGACUUGUCCUGAAGCCACUCCUGCGUUGUCUUGGCUGUGUUCUUAGGGUCGUUGUCCUGUUGGUAGGUGAACCUUCGCCCCAGUCUGAGGUCCUGAGUGCUCUGGAGCAGGUUUUCAUCAAGGAUCUCUUGUACUUUGUUCCGUUCAUCUUUCCCUCGUUCCUGACUAGUCUCCCUGCCACUGAAAAACAUCCUCACAGCAUGAUGCUGCCACCACCAUGCUUCACCGUAGGGAUGGUGCCAGGUUUCCUCCAGACAUGACGCUUGGCAUUCAGGCCAAAGAGUUCAAUUUUGGUUUCAUUAGACCAGAGAGUCUUGUUUCUCAUGGUGUGAGAGUCCUUUAGGUGCCUUUUGGCAAACUCCAAGCGGGCUGUCAUGUGCCUUUUACUGAGGAGGGGCUUCCGUCUAGCCACACUACCAUAAAGGCCUGAUUGGUGGAGUGCUGCAGAGAUGGUUGUCCUUCUGGAAGGUCCUCCCAUCUCCACAGAGGAAAUCUGGAGCUCUGUCAGAGUGACCAUCGGGUUCUUGGUCACCUCCCUGACCAAGGCCCUUCUCCCCCGAUUGCUCAGUUUGGCCAGGCGGCCAGCUCUAGGAAGCGUCUUGGUGGUUCCAAACUUCUUCCAUUUAAGAAUGAUGGGGGCCACAGGAAACAGGAUGCACCUGAGUUCAAUUUCGAGUCUCAUAGCAAAGGGUCUGAGUACUUAUGUAAGUAACGUAUUUCUGUUUUUUAUUUGUAAUACAUUUGCCAACAUUUCUAAUAACCUGUUUUCGCUUUGUCAUUAUGGGGUAUUGUGUGUAGAUUGAUGAGGAUUUUAUUUUAUUUUAUCCAUUUUAGAAUAAGGCUGUAACGUAACAAAAUGUGGAAAAAGGUAAGGGGUCUGAAUACUUUCCGAAUGCACUGUAUAUUGAUAUGGACUUUAUACAUAAAAUAUAUAGACAUACAGUGCCUUCAGAAAGUAUUCACACCCCUUUAAUUUUUCCACAUUUUGUUGUGUUACAGACAUAAUUUGAAAUGGAUUAAAUUGAGAUUUUGUGUCACUGGCCUACACACAAUACCUCAUUAUUAUGUUUUUAGAAAUGUUACCAAUUAAUUGAACAUGAAAAGUUGAAAUGUCUUGAGUCAAUAAGUAUUCAACCCAUUUGUUAUGGCAACUCUAAAUAAGUUCAGGAGUAAAAAUGUACUUAACAAGUCACAUAAUAAGUUGCAUGGACUUUGCAAUAAUAGUGUUUAACAUGAUUUUUGAAUGACAGCCUUAUCUCUGUACCCCACACAUACAAUUAUCUGUAAGGUCUCUCUGUCGAGCAGUGAAUUUCAAACACAAAUUCAACCACAAAGGUGUUCUUGGGGUCAUAGGCAGCAUUCCUCCUCCUCCAAACACGGCGAGUUGAAUUGAUGCCAAAGAGCUCGAUUUUGGUCUCAUCUGACAACAACACUUUCACCCAGUUCUCCUCUGAAUCAUUCAGAUGUUCAUUGGCAAACCUCAGACGGGCCUAUAUAGGUGCUUUCUUGAGCAGGGGGACCUUGCGGGCGCUGCAGGAUUUCAGAGUUUUACGGCGUAGUGUGUUACCAAUUGUUUUCUUGGUGACUAUGGUCCCAGCUGCCUUGAGAUCAUUGACAAGAUCCUCCCGUGUAGUUCUGGGCUGAUUCCUCACCGUUCUCAUGAUCAUUGCAACGAGGUGAGAUAUUGCAGGGAGCCCCAGGCCGAGGGAGAUUGACAGUUAUUUUGUGUUUCUUCCAUUUGCGAAUAAUCGCACCAACUGUUGUCACCUUCUCACCACGCUGCUUGGCGAUGGUCUUGUAGCCCAUUCCAGCCUUGUGUAGGUCUACAAUCUUGUCCCUGACAUCAUUGGAGAGCUCUUUGGUCUUGGCCAUGGUGGAGAGUUUGGAAUCUGAUUGAUUGAUUGCUUCUGUGGACAGGUGUCUUUUAUACAGGUAACAAGCUGAGAUUAGGAGCACUCCCUUUAAGAGUGUGCUCCUAAUCUCAGCUCGUUACCUGUAUAAAAGACACCUGGUAGCCAGAAAUCUUUCUGAUUGAGAGGGUGUCAAAUACUUAUUUCCCUCAUUAAAAUGCAAAUCAAUUUAUAACAUUUUUGACAUGCGUUUUUCUGGAUUUGUUUGUUAUUAUUCUGUCUCUCACUGUUCAAAUAAACCUACCAUUAAAAUUAUAGACUGAUAAUUUCUUUGUCAGUGGGGUCACUUAGAAAUGUCCUUGUUUUCGAAAGAAAAGCAAAUUUUUUGUCCAUUAAAAUAACAUCAAAUUGAUCAGAAAUACAGUGUAGACAUUGUUAAUAUUGUAAAUGGAUAUUGUAGCUGGAAACGACUGAUUUUUAAUGGAAUAUCUACAUAGGCGUACAGAGGCCCAUUAUCAGCAACCAUCAGUCCUGUGUUCCAAUGGCACGUUGUGUUUACUAAUCCAAGUUUAUCAUUUUAAAAGGCUAAUUGAUCAUUAGAAAACCCUUUUGCAAUUAUGUUAGCACAGCUGAAAACUGUUGUGCUGAUUAAAGAAGCAAUCAAACCUUCUUGAGACUAGUUGAAUAUCUGGAGCAUCAGCAAUUGUGGGUUCGAUUACAGGCUCAAAAUGGCCAGAACAAAGAACUUUCUUCUGAAACUCGUCAGUCUAUUCUUGUUCUGAGAAAUGAAGGCUAUUCCAUGCGAGAAAUUUCCAAGAGACUGAAGAUCUCGUACAACGCUGUAUACUUCUCCCUUCACAGAACAGCGCAAACUGGCUCUAACCAGAAUAGAAAGAGGAGUGGGAGGCCCCGGUGCACAACUGUGCAAAAUACAUUAGAGUGUCUAGUUUGAGAAACAGACGCCUCACAGGUCCUCAACUGGCAGCUUCAUUAAAUAGUACCCGCAAAACACCAGUCUUAACGUCAACAGUGAUGAGGCGACUCCGGGAUGCUGACCUUCUAGGCAGAGUUGCAAAUAAAAAGCCAUAUCUCAGACUGGCCAAUAAAAAUAAAAUAUUAAGAUGGGCAAAAGAACACAGACACUGGACUUUUUCUUUGCAACUCUGCCUAGAAGGUCAGCAUUCCGGAGUCGCCUCUUCACUGUUGAUGAUGAGACUGGUUGCUGAUAAUGGGCCUCUGUACGCCUAUGUAGAUAUUCCAUAACAAAUCAGCCGUUUCCAGCUACAAUAGCCAUUUACAACAUUAACAAUGUCUAAACUGUAUUUCUGAUCAAUUUGAUGUUAUUUUAAUGGACAAAAAAUGUGCUUUUCUUUCGAAAACAAGGACAUUUCUAAUUGACCCCAAACUUUUGAACGGUAGUGUAUAUCUUUUUUAAAGCAGACAUUAAAUAUCCCUUUGAGCAUGUGGAAGUUAUUAAUUACACUUUGGAAGGUGUAUCAAUAAACCCAGUCACUACAAAGAUACAACAUUGUAGUUACUCCACAAUACUAACCUAAAUGACAGAGUAAAAAGAAAGAAGCCUGUACAGAAUACAAAUAUUCCAAAACAUGCAUCCUGUUUGCAAUAAGGCACUAAAGUAAAACUGCAAAAAACUUGGCAAAGAAAUGAAAUGUAUAUCAUGAAUGCAAAGAGUUAUGUUUGGGGCGAACACAACACAUCAUUGAGUACCACUCUUCAUAUUUUCAAGCAUGGUGGUGGGUGCAUCAUGUUAUGGGAAUGAUUGUCAUUGGCAAGGACUAGGGAGUUUUUUGGAUAAAAAAUAAAUGGAAUAGAGCUAAGCACAGGCAAAACCGUAGAGGAAAACCUGGUUCAGUUUGCUUUCCAACAGACACUGGGAGACAUUCACCUUUCAGCAGGACAAUAACCUAAAAUACAAAGCCAAAUAUACACUGUAGUUGCUUACCAAGAUGACAUUGAAUAUUCCUGAGUGGCCUAGUUACAGUUUUGACUUAAAUCGGCUUGAAAAUCAAUUGCAAGACUUGAAAAUGAUUGUCUAGCAAUGAUCAACAACCAACUUGACAGAGCUUGAAUAAUUAAAAUAAUAAUAAUGUUCAUAUUGUACAAUCCAGGUGUGCAAAGCUCUUAGAGACUUACCCAGAAAGACUCACAGCUGUAAUCACUGCCAAAUGUGAUUCUAACAUGUGUUGACUCAUGGGUUGAAUACUUAUGUAAAUGAGAGAGAGUUCUUUAUUUUAUUUGCAAUACAUUUGCAAACAUUUCUAAAAACGUGUUUUCACUUUGUCAUUAUGGGGUAUUGUGUGUAGAUAUAUUUAAUCCAUUUUGAAUUCAGGCUGUAACACAACAAAAUGUGGAAUAAGUCAAGGGGUAUGAAUACUUUCUGAAGGCACUGUACAUAUUAAUGACCCUGUGUUUCCUUCUCCUCCAGGACCACAUCUAUCCAUGUGGGUCAGCUACAGGAGGCCCUGAACGAGAGGAAGUCUGUCGUCAACUCUCUCACUGCCAAGUAAGCAGGCCUCAUCAGUCUAUGUUUAAACCCCACAUUCAUCCUCAAGUCACAUCAACAGGUGUAGACUUUACAGUGAAAUGCUUACUUACGAGCCCUUUCCCAACAAUGCACAGUUAAAAAGGAAGAAACAUAUGCUAAAUAAAAAAAAGAAAUAGAAACACAAUAAAAUAACAAAACAAGACUAUAUACAAGGAGAACCGGUACCAAGUCAAUGUGCAGGGGUACGAGGUAAUUGAGGUAAUAUGCACAUGUAGGUAGGGGUAAAAGUGACUAGGCAAUCAGGAUAGAUAAUAAACAGAGUAGCAGCAGCGUAUGUGAAGAGUGUGAAAGUGUGUCUGCGUCAAUAUGCAUGCGUGUGUGUGUGUGAGUGUAUGUAGUUUAUGUGUGUGUUGGAGUGUCAGUGUAGUACGUGUGGGUAGAGUCCUUUGAGUGCAUAGAGCCAUUGCAAGAGAGUUAGUGCAAAAAAACAGGGUUUAAUGCAAAUAAUCCGGGUAGACAUUUGAUUACCUAUUUAGCAGUCUUAUGGCUUGGGGGUAGAAGCUGUUCAGGAGCCUUUUGGUCCCAGACUUGGCUCUCCGGGACCACGUGCCUUGCGGUAGCAGAGAGAACAGUCUAUGACUUGGGUGUCUGGAGAUUUUAACAAUUUUUAGGGUUUUCCUCUGACCACCUGAUAUAUAGGUCCUGAAUGGCAGGGUGCUCGGCCCCACUGAUGUACUGGGCUGUACACACUACCCUCUGUUGCGCCUUACAUGCUGACCACACCGCUCGCGUUAUGUGCGCGAGCGUUACAAAAUUAAUUUACACAUGUUAUUCAAUCAUUGCAUUCACACUGCUCGCGCGCGUCAACAAGCGUCUGCGUAGCCAGGCUCUAAAAUAGAAUUUGGUUAUUUUUGUGACGCUCAACGCGCUGCAAGUCCCGCCCCUCCCAUCUCCUCAUUGGUUUGUAGGAGCAUAUACCCACGUGGGUGAUUGAAAGAUUAACUGAGGUCCACACUCCAGUCCAGUUGGGGGUGGUAAUGCACCGUAAAGUUGGUUGCCAACCGCCAUUUAAAGUCCAAAGAAGAAGAAGAAGCCUGAAGGAGGAGAGAUUGCUAGAAACAAACAACCCUUUUAUCUGUGGAUUAAUUGUCGUAGAACACCUUGUGCAUUUCAGGUAAAAUAACAACCCAAUGUUUAUAUCCCAGGACAAAUUAGCUAGCUAGCUAAAUUGGCAUAAAUAUUUUAAUGCUUUUUGACCUGUCCCAAAAUUAUUAUAAUUGGUUCAGAGUUCGUUUUGAUAUUUCAACCUGUGUUUCCUGAUCGCGUCUGGUGUGGGUGGACAAAAUCAACAUGCGCGUGAUGGCACACGCAGACGCAUGCGUGCGCGCGCCCGGUGUAGUCUGCAUGUUAUGGUCGGAUGCCAAGCAGUUGCCAUACCAAGCGGUGAUGCAGCCAAGAUGCUCUCAGUGGUGCAGCUGUAGAACUUUUUGAGGGUCUGAGGAUCCAUGCCAAAUCUUUUCACCCCCUCUUCACGACUGUGUUGGUGUAUUUGGACCAUGAUAGGUCCUUAGUGAUGUGCACAGCGAGGAACUUUAAGCUCUCGACCCGCUCCACUACAGCCCUGUUGAUGUGAAUGGGGGCGUGCUCGGCCCUCUGUUUCCUGUAGUCCACGAUCAGCUCCUUUGUCUUGCUGGCGUUGAGGGAGAGGUUGUUGUCUCUAACCUCGUCCCUAUAGGCUGUUUCAUCAUCGUCUGUGAUUGGGCCUACCACCAUCGUGUCGUUGGCAAGCUUAAUGAUGGUGUUGGAAUCGUGCGUGGCCAUGCAGUCGAGGGUGAACAGGGAGUACAGGAGGAGACUAAGCACUCACCCCUGAGGCGCCCCCAUGUUGAGGAUCAGUGUGGUGGAUGUGUUGUUGCCUACCCUCACCACCUGGGGGUGGCCCGUCAGGAAGUCCAGGAUCCAGUUGCAGAGGGAGAUGUUCAGUCCCAGUGUCCUUAGCUUAGUGAUGAGCUUGGAGGGCACUAUGGUGUUGAACGCUGAACUGAAGUCAUUGAACAGUAUUCUCACGUAGGUUUUCUUUUUGUCCAGGUGGGAAAGGGCAGUGUUGAGUGCAAUAAGAGAUUGCGUCAUCUGUGGAUCUGUUGGGGCGGUAUGCGAAUUGGAGUGGGUCCAGGGUGUUUAGGAUGAUGGUGUUGAUGUGAGCCAUGUCCAGCCUUUCAAAGCAUUUCAUGGCUACAGAUGUGAGUGCUACAGUGCAAUAGUCAUUUAGACAGGUUAACUUGGCAAUCUUGAGCACAGGGACUGUGGUGGCCUGUUUGAAACAUGAAGGUAUUACAGACUGGGUCAGAGAGAGGUUGAAAAUGUCAGUGAAGAGACUUGGUAAUCCGUCUGGCCCUGCGGCUUUGUGAAUGUUAACCUGUUUAAAGGUCUUACGCACACAGUCGUCCGGAACAGCUGUUGCUCUCAUGCAUGGUUCAGUGAUGCUUGCCUCGAAGUGAGCACAGAAGGAAUUUAGCUUGUCUGGUAGGCUUGCGUCACUGGGCAGCUCGCGGCUGAACUUUCCUUUGUAAACUGUGAUGGUUUGCAUGCCCUGCCACAUCCAACGAGCAUCAGAGCAGGUGUAGCAGGAUUUCCAUCUUUGUCCUCUAUUGACGCUUUGCGUUAUUUGUUUGAUUGUUUGUUGGGGGGCGUAGCGGGAUUUCUUAUAAGCAUCCAGAUUAAUGUUCCACUCCUUGAAAGAAGCAGCUCUAGCCUUUAGCUCAGUGCGGAUGUUGCCUAUAAUCCAUGGCUUCUGGUUGGGGUAUGAACGCACGGUCACUGUGGGGACCACGUCGUCGAUGCACUUAUUAAUGAAGCCGGUGACUGAUGUGGUAAACUCCUCAAUGCCAUCGGAUGAAUCUCUGAACAUAUUCCAGUCUGUGCUAGCGAAACAGUCCUGUAGCUUAGCAUCCACUUCAUCGGACCACUUCCAUAUUGAGUGUGUUACUGGUACUUCCUACUGUCUAUGUUCAGAUCUACAAUAAUUAAAAUACAUUUGAGCCCCAAGUAAAGAAAUGAGAAUUUGACUAAUAUGAGUCUUAGGUGGAAGUUCCUCACCCUCCAUAUUUUGUUUUAAAUCUCAUCACCACAUCUCCUUGAUCUUAAUGAGAGACUCCACUACUGAUGCUGUGAUUAGAAGUGUGCAAAGCUGUCAUCAAGGCAAAGGGUAGCUAUUUGAAGAAUCUCAAAUAUAAAAUAUAUUUUGAUUUGUUUAACACUUUUUUGGUUACUACAUGAUUCCAUAUGUGUUAUUUCAUAAUUUUAAUGUCUUCACUAUUAUUCUACAAUGUAGAACAUUUUUUAAAUAAAGAAAAACCCUUGAAUGAGUAGGUGUUCUAAAACUUUUGACCGGUAGUGUGUGUGUGUGUGUGUGUGUGUGUGUGUGUGUGUGUGUGUGUAUAUAUAUAUAUAUAUACAAAUUAUGGUGGAAAAUAAGUAUUUGGUCAAUAACAAAAGUUUCUCCAUACUUUGUUAUAUACCCUUUGUUGGCAAUGACACAGGUCAAACGUUUUCUGUAAGUCUUCACAAGGUUUUCACACACUGUUGCUGGUAUUUUGGCCCAUUCCUUCAUGCAGAUCUCCUCUAGAGCAGUGAUGUUUUGGGGCUGUCGCUGGGCAACACGGACUUUCAACUCCCUCCAAAGAUUUUCUAUGGGGUUGAGAUCUGGAGACUGGCUAGGCCACUCCAGGACCUUGAAAUGCUUCUUACGAAGCCACUCCUUCGUUGCCCGGGCGGUGUGUUUGGGAUCAUUGUCAUGCUGAAAGACCCAGACACGUUUCAUCUUCAAUGCCCUUGCUGAUGGAAGGAGGUUUUCACUCAAAAUCUCACGAUACAUGGCCCCAUUCAUUCUUUCCUUUACACGGAUCAGUCGUCCUGGUCCCUUUGCAGAAAAACAGCCCCAAAGCAUGAUGUUUCCACCCCCAUGCUUCACAGUAGGUAUGGUGUUCUUUGGAUGCAACUCAGCAUUCUUUGUCCUCCAAACACGACGAGUUGAGUUUUUACCAAAAAGUUCUAUUUUGGUUUCAUCUGACCAUAUGACAUUCUCCCAAUCCUCUUCUGGAUCAUCCAAAUGCACUCUAGCAAACUUCAGACGGGCCUGGACAUGUACUGGCUUAAGCAGGGGGACACGUCUGGCACUGCAGGAUUUGAGUCCCUGGCGGCGUAGUGUGUUACUGAUGGUAGGCUUUGUUACUUUGGUCCCAGCUCUCUGCAGGUCAUUCACUAGGCCCCCCCGUGUGGUUCUGGGAUUUUUGCUCACCGUUCUUGUGAUCAUUUUGACCCCACGGGGUGAGAUCUUGCGUGGAGCCCCAGAUCGAGGGAGAUUAUCAGUGGUCUUGUAUGUCUUCCAUUUCCUAAUAAUUGCUCCCACAGUUGAUUUAUUCAAACCAAGCUGCUUACCUAUUGCAGAUUCAGUCUUCCCAGCCUGGUGCAGGUCUACAAUUUUGUUUCUGGUGUCCUUUGACAGCUCUUUGGUCUUGGCCAUAGUGGAGUUUGGAGUGUGACUGUUUGAGGUUGUGGACAGGUGUCUUUUAUACUGAUAACAAGUUCAAACAGGUGCCAUUAAUACAGGUAACGAGUGGAGGACAGAGGAGCCUCUUAAAGAAGAAGUUACAGGUCUGUGAGAGCCAGAAAUCUUGCUUGUUUGUAGGUGACCAAAUACUUAUUUUCCACCAUAAUUUGCAAAUAAAUUCAUUAAAAAUCCUACAAUGUGAUUUUCUGGAUUUUCUUUUCUCAAUUUGUCUGUCAUAGUUGACGUGUACCUAUGAUGAAAAUUACAGGCCUCUCUCAUCUUUUUAAGUGGGAGAACUUGCACAAUUGGUGGCUGACUAAAUACUUUUUUCCCCACUGUAUACAGUUGAAGUCGGAAGUUUACAUACACUUAGGUUGGAGUCAUUAAAACUUGUUUUUCAACCACUCCACAAAUUUCUUGUUAACAAACUAUAGUUUUGGCAAGUCGGUUAGGACAUCUACUUUGUGCAUGACACAAGUAAUUUUUCCAACAAUUGUUUACAGACAGAUUAUUUCACUUUAUAAUUCACGGUAUCACAAUUCCAGUGGGUCAGAAGUUUACAUACACUAAGUUGACUGUGCCUUUAAACAGCUUGGAAAAUUCCAGAAAAUGAUGUCAUGGCUUUAGAAGCUUCUGAUAGGCUAAUUGACAUCAUUUGAGUCAAUUGGAGGUGUACCUGUGGAUAUAUUUCAAGGCCUACCUUCAAACUCAGUGCCUCUUUGCUUGACAUCAUGGGAAAAUCAAAAUAAAUCAGCUAAGACCUCAGAAAAUUGUAGACCUCCACAAGUCUGGUUCAUCCUUGGGAGCAAUUUCCAAACGCCUGAAGGUGCCACGUUCAUCUGUACAAACAAUUGUACGCAAGUAUAAACAACAUGGGACCACACAGCCGUCAUACCACUCAGGAAGGAGACGCGUUCUGUCUCCUAGAGAUUAACGUACUUUGGUGCGGAAAGUGCAAAUCAAUCCCAGAACAACAGCAAAGGACAUUGUGAAGAUGCUGGAGGAAACCGGUAUAUCGACAUAACCUGAAAGGCCACUCAGCAAGGAAGAAGCCAAUGCUCCAAAACUGCCAUAAAAAAGCCAGACUACGGUUUGCAACUACACAUGGGGACAAAGAUUGUACUUUUUGGAGAAAUGUCCUCUGGUCUGAUGAAACAAAAAAAUAACUGUUUGACCAUUAUGUCCAUCGUUAUGUUUGGAGGAAAAAGGGGGUCGCUUGCAAGCCGAAGAACACCAUCCAAACCGUGAAGCAUGGGGGCGGCAGCAUCAUGCUGUGGGGGUGCUUUGCUGCACGAAGGAAAAUUAUGUGGAUAUAUUGAAGCAACAUCUCAAGACAUCAGUCAGGAAGUUAAAGCUUGGUCGCAAAUGGGUCUUCCAAAUGGACAAUGACCCCAAGCAUACUUCCAAAGUUGUGGCAAAAUGGCUUAAGGACAACAAAGUCAAGGUAUUGGAGUGGCCAUCACAAAGCCCUGACCUCAAUCCUAUAGAACAUUUGUGGGCAGAACUGAAAAGGUGUGUGCGAGCAAGGAGGCCUACAAACCUGACUCAGUUACACCAGCUCUGUCAGGAGGAAUUCACCCAUCUUAUUGUGGGAAGCUUGUAGAAGGCUACCUGAAACGUUUGACCCAAGUUAAACAAUUUAAAUGCAAUGCUACCAAAUACUAAUUGAGUGUAAUGUGAUGAAAGAAAUAAAAGCUGAAAUAAAUAAUUAUCUCUACUAUUAUUCUGACAUUUCAAAUUCUUAAAAUAAAGUGGUGAUCCUAACUGACCUAAGACAGGGAAUUUUUACUAGGAUUAUAUGUCAGGAAUUGUGAAAAACUGAGUUGAAAUGUAUUUGGCUAAGGUGUAUGUAAACUUCCGACAUCAACUGUAGAUAUUGUAUAAAUGGAACGUAUGGUAACAGUUCACUUGAGCCGUCUGUAAUAAGGCCUACAUAACACUGUCAUAACAGAUGUUUCAGGCACAUAGACACACACGCACGCACACACACGCACUCUCACAGACACACACCUGACCAUUCUCUGUGUGUCUAGACUCCAGAUGACGGAGGCAGCACUGGCCAUGUCGGAACAGAAGAACCACAACCUGGGAGAGCAGCUGACCAGAGUGAAGACUGAGAAAGACGAGCAGAGAGAACGACAGAGCAGGGAGAGGAAGAAAGAACAAGAGGUAUGAAUGGAGGGGAGGUACUAGGGAGUGAGGCGGGGGGGAGGGAGGGGACGGCAAGACGGAUGUACAGAUGGUCUGGUUAAGAUGAAUGUGAGCUUAACAUUGUGGUGUGUGUGUUUGGUUCUGCAGGACAGUGUUCUGAGGGAGGGGAAGCUCCUCAGAGAGAUUAACAGUAUGUCAGAGACCAACAUACAGCUCAAGAAUAAGGUGUGUGUGUGUGUGUGUGUGUGUGUGUGAGUGUGAGUGUGUGUGUGCGCGCAUGAAUAUAAUGUUAGUGUUUUUGAUGCAGUACCUAAGCUGUUUACUGAGUCAGUUUCUCUUUACCUGUGUGUGUCUUAGUUGGAGAAGAUGGAGAGCAGGUGUAAGUCUCAACAGGACCAGAUCUUUGAGCUGAAGCAGGAUCUCACCAACAGCACAGCAGAGCUAAAGCUACGGCUAGCACAGGCAGAAGGUACACACACAAACACACACACACACACACACACACACAGGAGUAUACUCAACCUCUUCUCUCCCCCUCAGAGCGUUUGGAGAUAGAGAAGAAGAGAUCUAAACAGUCUCUGGAGGACAUGGAUAACCUUCGACAGAAAGAGGUAGAGAAGACAUCAACCUGCUGUCUGACAAUGUCUCUCACUAAUUAUACAACAGACUCUAUCUUUCUCCCUCUAGUGAGUGUUCAUUGUGGGUGUGUGUGUGUGCAUGUAGGUGGACCAUGUGAAUCGUCACCUUGAGGAGAGUGAAAGGGCUCUACAGGACCGGAUCCUCAAACUGGAGGGACAGCGGAUACAGCUGGAGGAGGUCAGCUCUUUAUAUUGGAUAUUUUUGAUAAUGUAUUGUCUUCAGUAAAUCACAACUAAACUCCAAUUAUCAUUAUGUGACAUGAGAUCCCUAUAGAUGACAGUAUGGAGGUGUAACUGUGUCUCCCUGUCCUGAACUGUCUUGUAGGAGUUGAGCAGGGCCAAGGCAGCCUGUGUUACUGUGUGUUUCGUCUUGUAGGAGUUGAGCAGGGCCAAGGCAGCCUGUGUUACUGUGUGUUUCGUCUUGUAGGAGUUGAGCAGGGCCAAGGCAGCCUGUGUUACUGUGUGUUUCGUCUUGUAGGAGUUGAGCAGGGCCAAGGCAGCCUGUGUUACUGUGUGUUUUGUCUUGUAGGAGCUGAGCAGGGCCAAGGCAGCCUGUGUUACAGAGAGAGCCCAGGCAGAGGAGGAACUGGGAAAAGUGCGGGCACAGGUUCGCCUGGAGGAGGUAUGUUAUACACCUGUUCUAGAACUACUGUAUGUAAUAGGUUAGAAACUGUGUUUGUUUGUCCGGGUCUGUGUGUAUCAGUGUGUGCCUGAGUAUUGCAGUAACAAUGUGAUGAUUCAACUCUUUCUUCUCUCUCCACUCCUCUGUCUGAGCAGCAGCAGCGUGUGAGUGGGUUAGAGGAGAAGCUGCGUGGGUUGCGUCAGUCCCGUGAUGAGUCCCAGAGCCACUGCUCCCAGCAGAAACAGACCAUAGCUGAGCUGCAGGCUCGCAGUGGACAGCAGAGCAUGGAGACAGACGGACUACGACGCAGGAUAGAGGAGCUGCAACAGGUCAGAUUGUGAAUGCGUCAGAGAGACCACUGGCACAAAAUGACCAACUAUACACACUGAAACAACACCUAGAUCAAGUACAGUGUAGUUGUGUUACAUUUGUCUGGGACAAUUUGAUGCUAAUAACUGAUUUUUACUGAUUGACAUAAUCAGGUUGGUGAAUUCUCAGCACUGAAUGAUGUUCAUAUGAGUAAGAGCAGAGACAACGUUGUGUGGUGGUUGUGUGUUUACUAGGAUGGGAAUAUUUGCUCUUUGGUGUAAUUAAUAUAGAGAAUUUGUCCUCUCCCCCCUCCAGGAGUUGUCUGGUAAAGACCAGGAGAAGGUUGCGGAGGUGAGUCGGGUCAGGGUGGAGCUACAGGAGCAGAUAGGACACCUGCAGGCUGAGAGGACCGCACAGGGAGGACUGAAAGAGAAGAUAGCUGCUCUGGAGAGAGAGAUGAAAGGUACGCACACUCUCCUCCUUUCCCUCUCUCCCUGUCAGACUCUCUCUCCCUCCCGUUUGUUCUCUUCAUCCUACCUCUGUCCUCUUCUCUACAUAAGCCCCAUCUCACCCUUUCUUCCUCGCCUCUCACCUCUCCUCCCUCUCUGUUUUACAAUACCACACAUUUGAUUUCUCAAUAGGGUUUGACUCAGUUGACAUAAUUUGUUGACAGACUUGAAACAACCAGUAUUUGUUCUGUCUUUGUGUGUUGUCUACCACAGUGCUGGCCAGUAACCACAGAGAGGCCAUCCUGGACAAGGAGAGUGAGAUCUCAUCUCUGUUUGAGAAGCUGAGACUGAGAGAGGCAGAGAUCCAGAGGAUGAGAGAAGACGAGGCCCAGAGAGCUAGCUUCCUCCAGAACGCUAUACUUGCAUACGUACAGGGGUCACCGCUGCACUACAGUCCUAAGAAAUGACCUCUGACAUCUAACCUUUGACCCUUCCCAUCCUCAUGUAGGGACUAAGGACAGGGGUCAACACUGGGGUUCUGCAGUCCCAAGAAAUAACCUCUGACCCCUGUCCCAUUUACCCCUACAACCUUGUGCCCAUACACCCUCACAAACGUGGGACACUAAAGUGAGCAAAACCUUUCUAUCCCACCCAUGUUCCAUGUGUUCCUCUCCUGUCUUUCCCCCUCUCCCCUUCGGUCCUUCCAAACCACUCCAUCACAAAAUGUCAACAGCACAGAUAUUCACCUCUAGACAUCCGCAGCUUUGGGUGUAGUUUCUCUCAGACUCAGUCCCAGUCAGGGAUAGUAAUAAACUGUUGUGUUCACAAGCUACUUACACCAGGUUUUAAGAUGUAAUCAACGAUAUCAAUGACUGACAGUGAGUACAUACAGUGAGGGAAAAAAGUAUUUGAUCCCCUGCUGAUCCC